UUUUUUUUUCUUUGUGUGUGUGUGUGUGUGUGUUUGAUGGUGUGGCCUUCUUCCUUUCUGCCUCUCGUUCACUGGCACGCAUCCUGAGACAGCCCCCGCCGAUAUUUGUCUCUUUUCUGGACUCUCUUUCUUUCCAUAUACCUGUGCUAUUUACAUGUAUCAAUCUUUGCUUUGGACAGACAACAGAUUCAUGGGAGUUUGGGAAGCUUCCGUUACUAUCUUCCCUUUUCCAUCCAUAUCAGAUGAGAUUCCAAUGUGGGUUUGUUCUCAUCUGUUCGCAGUUGGCGAUUCUGAUUAGGGUUUCCUACAUUUGACUUUGAUUCCCGAUUGCAGAGCAUCGUAUCAGGAUUCCGAAACAGGGAAACUCAUGGUAAGUCCGAUCGUGCGAGUAGGGAACGAUGAUAUGGAGCCGCCAUGGCUGAUACCAUUGUUGAGAGCGAGCUACUUCGCUCCCUGUCCAGUUCAUGGCGAUCAAAACAAAAGCGAAUGCAAUAUGUUUUGCUUGGAUUGCAUGGGAAAUGCUCUCUGCUCCUACUGUUUGAUCCACCACAAAGAUCACCACAUCCUUCAGAUAAGGCGGUCGUCGUACCAUAACGUGGUGAGAGUGAACGAGAUUCAGAAGUAUAUCGACAUAUCAAGCGUGCAAACUUACAUAAUCAACAGCGCGAAAAUCGUCUUCUUGAACGAGCGGCCGCAGCCGAGGCCCGGCAAGGGAGUCACCAACACCUGCGAGAGCUGUGGCCGGAGCCUCCUCGACUGCUACCGGUUCUGCUCCGUCGGUUGCAAGCUUGGAGGCAUGAAGCGAGGGGACCCGGAGCUCACGUUCACUCCAAGGCUGAAGCACAAUCGGGAGACGUUCCAUGGGUUUGAAUCAGACGAGUCGUGGAGCCCGACAAAAAUCCAGAGGAUGCACAUUUUUAAUCGGUUGAUGGACAGGGCUGCGAUUUCGCAGGAUGGUGGCGACGGGGACAAGUCGUCGUGCUCUACUUCUGGAGACGAGACGAUGAGGUGCAUCUCGCCGGCGACUUCUCCGCCCUUCAACCACCAGAAUUCCCGGCGGAGAAAGGGCAUCCCUCAUCGUGCACCGUUUUGAUCCAACAAGACAAUCAAUCAGAUAUAGCUAUAACAACAGGUACAAAGGCAUAGAAAGUAAAAUGUGGGGAGAAAACUUGAUUGUGAAUAUGUCGUUCUAAAUGGGGGAUUAAAAGAAAAAAAUAGUUCUGUUUUAUAAGAUGUGUUAUCAUAUCAGCUAUGGUAAUGGAAUGUAUAAUAUAUAUAGAUAAUGUGUAGUCAGAAAUAAGGAGGUUGCAUUGGUAAUGGGGGAUUUACAUGUACAGAGAAUAUAUGCAUGUUUGGUGCAUAUAUAUAUAUAUAUAAUAGUUCUUGUUAAUUUGUAA